AUGGAAGAUGUACUCAAAGUCACCAACAUAGUAGUCGAAAUAGCCAGUCAAUUGUGCACCCGGGACUACCUGAGUUUUCGUCAAGUAAAUAGAGAAGUUUAUUACCAACAUCUCUCAGAGGUCAAUGACACCCGGGUGUGGGUUGCAAAGCUCAAAAUUUUGGGGUUGCUCGAAAGUGAGAUUGUUGAAAACAACAACGAUGUUCAAAACAGUGCUGUGGAUAUUUUUUCAAACUUUACAACUUUUACUGCAGUAUGCGCCAAGACCAUCUAUUCCCAGUUUUAUCAACAAUAUCAAGGUUUCGUGGAAAAGCUGUAUCGUGGGGAGCUUGGCGGAUUUUUCCCUCCAGUGUAUUCCGAUCCACUUUCUCAGGCAUGCAUUAUAGAUGGUCUAUACAGAUACAUUCCGGCGGAAGCCAAGGACGUCUCUCAAUGUCGAAAAGCAACAGAAAAUUUGGGCAUUCUUCGAGAGUUGUUCGUGAAUACCGCGAUUAAAGAGAUGGACCUGGCGUAUGGAAGUAAGAAUUACGAUACAGUGGCUGACUUUGUCACUGUUCUGGCAAAAUGUCACGAAGAAAAUACGGCCGUUGACAUGUUCAAGUCCAGAAAUGAAUUCUCCACAGAUGUAAGUCUACCAGAGAGCAUUUUUGAUGCCGUCAGCCAUGAGCUUAUAUCAACACAGCUCGAUGCCGCUCUGAACCAAAUCAGCUCCUUUUUGAAUUCGAAAAUUGAACUAGCAGACAGGAUUUUUGGCGAAACUCAUCCGGUGACCGUGACAUAUGUGGAAAGUAUAAUAGCCAAUAACGUCACCGAAUAUUUUGGAUCUCAGCUAAAUACUUCGACGGACGGAACUAUCGCCACAAUAGAGUCAUUGCCACUGAUUUAUAAAGCUUUCCAUCAAAAGGUCGUCGAAAAACUAUCUUCUAGUCAAAAUGCGGGACCGCAAUUCAAGAAUAUGUUCGUUGAAUUCUUUGAUCUCUACUUCGAGCCCAAAAUAUUGACUUAUUUGGAUUUCUGCGUUCAGAGAUUUGGCGUCAAGAUCGAGCAAAUGUUCAUCAACUUCCAAAAAGAAAACUCGCUCAAAGAGCAACAACAACACGCCCGCAUAUAUCAAACCUUGAAAGACAAAACAUCUAAUCAGCAGCUCAUCGACGAAAAGAAUAAUUUUCUCACAUCUUUCACCAAAAUUUUCAAAAUUUCCAACAAUGCCAAGGCUGAAGAGGAACAGCAACUUCAAAUGGCUUACAAUUUGAAUGUCAUGAACUUAAGCUUGAAUAACAUUCAGGUUCUUGUCAGUUUGGAUCUUUGCUACAAAGUCGUGCAGUCUUGUAAAGAUUGCAUAGAGGAUAUGCGAACCUUUUUGCCCAUAAAAAACAUUGAAGAGAUCGUCAAGCUGAAAUGCCGAGAAAUUUUCAAGAUACUUGUGGGCUGCUUGUCUAAAGACCAUUUUAAGUUAGGUUUUGAUAAAGCGAUUGCAUUAUUGGAUCAAUACGACCCUAACAAGAUGAAAAAUGUACAAUUGGAACUCGAUACCUUUGACUCGCACGUUGAACCCCUAAUUAAGUUUACCGAACUAAUCAACACCGGCGACAUUGUGCUGCAAAUGAUAUCUAUCUUUUACAAGAACGAAUUGGUUCAGAUAAAGAUCGUCGAGAAGAAUCAGGAUUUUUUGAACGACGUUGUGCAAUCCAAGAAAGCCUUUGAGACAAUGAUUGAUGAUUACGUGGCGAAUGGGCUCAAUGUUGGAAUAAACAAACUAAUGGACGAAGUGUUAUUUGUUUUCGGUACUUUACAACUUCCGGAUGAUUUCAAUCCAGACUCCAAAACACUUUUGACCAAAGAGAUAAAACCAUCGAAAGCAGCUAUUAAAAACGUGGAGCUUUUGUCAAACCAUUGUUUUCUUUUGACUGGUGCUACCGACAAGGGCACCAUAGACAUUUUUCAACAGGAGAUAGGGGAGCGGUUUUUCAGCGAAAUCGUGAAGAACAUCAAAAAAAACUUGAUCUCUACAGAUGGUGCCAUAUUUCUCAUUUGCGAUCUAAACUAUUAUUAUGAUUUUAUCGCGCACACCUUAAAGCAGAAGAAUAUUAUACCGUUCUUCGCUGGUCUUAAAGCUGUUGGGCAGCUCUAUCUGGUAUCGGGUGCUGACUCGAAGGAGCUAGGUAAAAUGAUUUGCGACCUUGGCAGGUUCCAAGGCGUAUUCACGCAGGAAGAAAUUUAUGAAUUUGUACAGCGCAGAACGGACUGGGUAAAGGUCCGCAGAGACGUUGAAAAAGUCAUGUACGGGCUAGGCGUCAGUGAUUGUAAUAUUAUGUAA